AGUAGUCUUGCGGCACGCGCACGCACACGCGGACAUCACGCGCGGAGCGUGCAGUGUACUCGUUUUUAUGCACGUAUAUACCUAUAUAGUGUAUAAGCGAGUUGGAGGUUCGCUUCGCCUUGAUUAUUGCCGCGCGGCGCCGCGAUCAUUUGACUUUUCUCGCGCUGCGGAGAUGAUGCUCGGGCUGGUUUCUUUGAGUUUCUGCUGAAUUUCAUCCUUGAAGUUUCAACGAUUAUCGAGAGGACGAGUAUCGUGCUGAAGAUACGGCGCGUUUGAGAGAGGCGCAGCGGCAACAGAGAGCCGGAGUAGAGCUGUGUCGGCGGCGGUGCGGCGGUGCGCUGCAGAGAUAUCCGAUAAUAAGGCAUUAUAAGAGGGCUCGGCAAUAUGGGCCGGAGCAGUAGAGUCGCCGCAGCCGCAGCAUCGGUACAGCAGACGAGCAGUGCUAGCAGUUGCGCGACAGGCACUGGUCAACAGUCGGUUGGCGCUCUCGCGAGUCUGAUCAGCCGGGCCGACGAGAUGCUGCGCGCCGCGACGAGCAAGUUCGCCAAGUGGAACGGGCCAUUUGCGCCUCGUUCGCGGAGCCUCGCCACGAGCGGACAGCUGAUGAGGGAUGCAGCGAAGCCGGCGGCUGCAGCAGAUCUACCCGAGAGCGCCGACGUUGUCAUUAUAGGCGGAGGAGCAUCAGGAUGCAGCGCUCUCUACCAGCUGGCCAAACGAGGCGUCAACACAGUCCUGCUCGAGCGUUCGAAACUGACCUCGGGCACGACCUGGCACACAGCCGGCAUGGUCUGGAGUUUGCGUCCCUGCGAGACCGAGACCCAGUUGCUGCGCGCCACUCAGGACACCCUGGCCGAGCUCGAGCAGGAGACCGGUGAAAACGCCGGUUGGAUCAACAACGGCGGGCUGUUCAUAGCCCACAACGACACCCGCAUGGACGAGUACCGGAGACUCGUGGAUCUGGGCAAGGUCCUCGACGUCGGCGCCAAGAUCGUCAACGUCGAGGAGGCCUGCGAGCUCUUCCCGCUGCUCGAUCCCAAAAGUUUCGUAGGAGCGAUCUACUCGCCGAGAGACGGCGUCAUCGAUCCUGCCAUGAUGACGGCGGCACUGAUCAAGUGCGCCAAGAACAGAGGGGCUCAGGUCUUCGAGGAGACACCGGUCACCCGGAUCCUCACCGAUGAGAAGACCUUCGGCUCGAAACAGGUGACCGGCGUGGAAACCGAUCGCGGUGUCAUCAGGACCAACUGCCUGCUCAAUGCCAGCGGCGCUUGGUCCCGAAGCAUCGCCCGCAUGGUCAAGCUCGACAUUCCGCUGACGCCCAUGAAACACGCCUACAUCGUUACCGAACCCAUGAAGCAGGUCAGAGGCACGCCCAACGUCAGGGAUCACGAUUUCAACAUCUACUUCAAGGUUCACGGGGAGUGUCUCAGUAUCGGGGGAUACGAGAACAACCCCAUCAUCCUGAGAUGCGUGCCGAACGACUUCAGCUUCGGUCUGUACGAGCUCGACUGGAACGUGUUCAACGCGCACCUGGAGGCGAUGGUCGCGCUCGUGCCGGAACUCGCGACCACUGGCAUCAGAUCGACCGUCUGUGGUCCCGAGAGCUUCACCCCUGAUCACAAGCCAAUCAUGGGCGAGGACCCUCGCUGCGCCGGAUUCUUCUAUUCCUGCGGUUACAACAGCGCAGGCAUGAUGUACAGCGGUGGCUGUGGCGAGACGAUAGCGGAUUGGAUAAUCAACGGCAGGCCGAUGAGGCACAUGUUCUCGCACGACAUCCGGAGGUUCACUCCGGAGCAGACCAAGGACAUGGUCUGGGCCAACGAGAAGACCCACGAGUCGUACGUCAAGAACUACUCCAUCGUCUUCCCGCACGACCAGCCGCUCAGUGGAAGAAACUUCAAGACCAGUCCUUUUCACGAGCUGCUGCUGAAGGAAGGCGCAGUGAUGGAAGAGCGCCAGGGCUGGGAGAGGCCUGGCUGGUACCUGAAGGAAGACACGGCUCCGAUUCCACCGUACGACUACUACGGGAGCUACGGCACCUCCAAGAACGAGAACUGCAAGUACUUGCAAGUCCUACAGCAGGACCACACCUUCGAUUUUCCCAAACACCAGGAGAAUAUAAAAGAGGAAGCUCUCGGCUGCAGGAACAACGCCGCGCUCUUCGACAUGUCGUACUUCGGCAAGUUCUACCUCUGUGGCCCUGACGCGCAAAAAGCCGCGGACUACAUCUUCACGGCAAAGACUGACUCGGACAUGGACAGGACCGUCUACACCUGCAUACUGAACAAGCACGGAGGAACCGAGGCCGAUUGCACCAUCACCUGGAUCUUACCCGGAUCCAGCGGUGUCGUCGAUCCGAUUUUCAAAGGCAAAGCCUUGUACAUAGUUUGCGGUGGCUUGUCGUCCUACCACACGUGGGCGCACAUCCGCAGAGUCAUCGCGGAGAAAGGCUUCAACGUGAGCUUGCACGACGCGACUCACCAGAUGGGAAUUCUGUCACUCCAAGGACCGAACAGCCAAAAGAUCCUGCAGAACAUCGUCGACAAGGACCUGGCCGACGAGGAGUUUCCGUUCUCCACCUCGAAGCUGAUGAAAGCCAAUGGAAAGCUCGUCAGAGCUUUCAGAAUCAGCUUCGUCGGAGAGUUGGGAUACGAGUUACACAUUCCAUUGCAGUCUUGCGAAAGGGUUUACCAAGCAAUCGUGGAGUUUGGUAAACCGUGGCAUUUGAAACUGGCUGGAUACAGAGCUCUGUACAGCCUUAGUUGCGAAAAGGGAUACCACUUGUGGAAUUCUGAUCUGAGAUCAGACGAUAAUCCUAUCGAGGCGAACUUGGGAUUUACUUGUAGAAAAGACGGAAAGUACAUGGGCAGCGAUGCUGUGGAGAACCUUCGCAAAAAUGGAGUCAAGAGGAAACUGGUCAAUUUGCACGUCAAGCAUCAAGUACCUAUGUGGGGAUUGGAAACGGUUUACAGAAACCGUGAAAUCGUCGGAUAUUUAAGGCGGGCUGAAUACGCACACACAUUUGGUUACAGUAUUGGACAAUCGUAUAUCAAGCACCCCAAGCACGAAAUUAUUACCAAGGAGUUCCUCGAGACCGGCAAAUACGAAGUGGAAAUUUUGGGCAAAAUGUAUCCUGCGGAAAUGCACUUGAAGAGUCCAUUCGAUCCUCAGAACAAAAGGCUGCUGAAUAUUUAUCAUCAACUGUAGAUCUAUGUUGAUCUUAAUUUAUCUAUGUAAUUAAUCUCGUUAUUUGUUAUUUUUAUACAAAUUUUUUCUAUCCAUUGCUCGGUAUUUACAUGUCAAUGUCGGUUGUCGUUGAUCACACAACAGUUGAAUCUCAUGACGAAUUUAUAAACAUGCCAUUGUAUGUACAGCGACUGUGAUUUAUGAUAUUCUUUUAAGUAGAUAGUUGUACACUCUAGUUUUUGUUAUUGGUGUACAACAAUUACGCAUUAAAUGUAUUGUGUAAGACAAUUCGGGAAAUUGAUUUUAAUCUUUUUAAAGAGCGUGUACUGCUGUUAUGAAAAUUUUUAUAUCUACACCUUUAUGUACAAAUACGUUAAAAAAGUUUUUAUAAAUAUUUUUACUUAAUUAGAUGAUUUCUCUUAUGUACACAUUUUUCUAAGAAUUACCUUAGCCAGCUAGCGGAUUAGCGUGAAUCGUUAUGUUAUUUAUCCUAGUUUCUGUGAGUGGUUUAAAAUUCUUAGGAUUGACUGGUAAUUUUUCCAAUUGUUCUAGUGUAUCUAAGCCAUCUAUAACUCUAAAACAAAAAAUUAUAUAAAUAAACAUAUUUUUAGUAAAAUAA